AUGCUCGAAAGGUACGCUCGGUUCGUCGUCAACAACGCGGCGCAGGUCAGUUCGAUCGAAAACGGGCUACGCACGCUCACAUACAUCCUGCCCGGGCGGUUCGCCGACGCCGAGGUGGCCUCCGAGGCCGUCUACACUCUGGUCAACUUCAUCGGCACCUACCACGAUGGGCUCCUAGGCAAAGCGGCCAAAAGGGGGCUCCUCGUCGACAAGCAGGGCCGCCCGGUGGACAUAGAGGUGUCGGCAUUUAACCGGUACCACGGCAAACAGGCGCAGCGGUCGGACAUUUACCGGGUCGCGGCUCUACUUCUAAGCGCCCUGCAGUUUAGCGAGAAGCUGGUCGAGAUGGUGGUGGCCAAAAGGCUGGGCGAGCGGGCUCGGUGGAGGUCAGUCACUUGGAUUGAGAUAGUGAAGGCAGCGCUGCGCAUGGUUCUGCUGCAGAUUAGCGGCAGGCGCAUGGUGACCGGCAGCGUUGUGCAGGAGCGGAUGGUGGAUCCUGGGCAGCUAGGCUCGCUGCGGAAGGGCCAGAAGCAGCCGGCGGCGCUGCAGGGCCAGUGGAGGGGCGGCCGCAGCGGGGUCAGGUUCUCGGGCGUGCGCGACAUACUGUCAAAGUCCGAGGGCUCAGCCAGCCUGGGCGGCAUCGUCACCGAUGCCGUGCGCCAUGCUGAGAACGUCGCCCCCAUGGGCGCGCUCGUCAAGCCCUAUGGCGCAUGCGGAAUGGCCGGCGAGCUUCUGUUUAUUCUGCGGCCGCUCCUGUACGUGCUGGCCAUGCGCAGGCUGGGCGCGCGCUCGUGGCGGCCGUGGGCAGGGUCUCUGGCCGCGGAGCUUGUCAGCCGGUGGCUGGUUGCGCGCGACUUGGGCGCGUCGGCCGGGGAGCGGUCUGUGGAGCACGACGAGGUCAGCCGCCGAAAAUGGCUGUUCUUGUAUUACCUGCUGCGGUCGCCCUUCUUCGACCGCUUCACCCGGGGGCGGCUGGAGCGCGUGGCCAACUGGUGCAGCAACAAGCCGCUGCUCAGCCUGGUCGGCUCCCUGAUCCAGGACUACCAGCCACUCUGGAAGCAGUACUACUUUUACACCGCAGCGUCAUAA